AUGAUUGUGCGGGAAACUUGUGAAGUUUUAUGGGAAGUAUUACAACCUAAAAAAAUGGCGGAACCGACAAUAGACGACUGGAAAGAUGUUGCAAAAGGUUUUUUUGAAAAAACGCAAUUUCCAAAUACUGUUGGCGCCGUGGAUGGUAAACAUAUACGACUUGAGUGCCCGAAAAAUAGUGGAUCAUUGUAUUACAAUUAUAAGCAUUUUUUUUCAUUAAUUCUCAUGGCUAUUUGCGACUCUAACUACUGCUUUAGAGUAAUUGAUGUGGGUUCUUACGGGAAGGAGAGUGACUGCAAUGUCUUCAAAACAUCUGCAUUUGGCAAAAAACUUUAUACCAACAGAACAAACUUUCCAGCAAAUCAAUGCUUACCAAAUGACAAUCUUGGCGUACCACAACCAUUUGUGUUAGUGGCUGAUGAAGCAUUUGCUCUGCAUAAAAAUUUAUUAAGGCCGUUUCCAGGAAGAAGUUUAAAUGACCAGAGAAGAAUAUUUAAUUACAGAUUAUCUAGAGCCCGUCAGUAUAUUGAAUGUUCCUUUGGUAUUAUGUCAAAAAAGUGGAGGGUUUUCCAGACCAGCAUGCUUGUAGAACCAGAAACUGCGGUGAAAAUCACAAAAGCCUGCUGUGUACUUCAUAAUUUUGUGCGACGGCGUGAUGGGUUAACACUGAAGACACCUAAAGUUCCAUGCAAAGCAUAA